AUGCCACCAUCAAACUCUCAAGAUCUCCCGCACCUCAGCUUCCGCUCCUUUGUCGAGGCACUUAAAGCAGACGGCGACCUCGUUGAGAUCAACGAAGAAUGUGACCCGAAUCUCGAAGUCGGCGCCAUCAUUCGGAAGGUUGUUGAGACCGAUGAACGAGCACCCCUCUUCAACAAGCUCAAGGGUCAAGAUGCAGAUGGCUUCUGGCGUAUCCUCGGCGCGCCAAACUCUCUGCGGUCCGACCCCUCCCAGCGUUUUGGAAGACUGGCGAGGCACCUCGGUCUCCCUCCCACGUCGACUAUGAAGGAGAUACUCGAUAAGAUGAUCGCCGCUAAGAGUGCGACCCCAAUCCCCCCCGUUGUCUCUGAUACCGGGUCCUGCAAGGAGAUCCGAUUGACUCCAGACCAAUUUGACCUCACCAAAUUGCCGGCACCGAUGCUGCACCAGUCUGACGGCGGAAAGUACAUCCAGACGUACGGUAUGCAUGUCGUUCAAUCGCCGGACGGGAAAUGGACGAACUGGUCCAUCGCUCGCGCCAUGGUGUACGACAGGAACCACCUUGCGGGGCUCGUUAUCGAGCCGCAACAUAUCUGGCAGAUCCAUCAGAUGUGGAAAAAGGAGGGUAAGGACAUGCCGUGGGCGCUGGUCUUUGGUGUGCCGCCGGCCGCCAUCAUGGCUUCGAGCAUGCCUUUACCGAGCGGCCUGUCUGAGGCGGAGUACAUUGGGUCACUGGUUGGAGCACCGUUGGAGGUUGUCAAGUGUGACACCAAUGGGCUUUAUGUCCCUGCCAACUCGGAAAUUGUCUUCGAGGGCGUUUGCUAUGCUACAGAGACAGCACCUGAGGGUCCCUUUGGAGAGAUGCACGGAUAUGUUUUCCCUGGCGACGCGCAUCCCCAGCCGAAGUACAGGGUUGACCUCAUCACACACCGAAAGGAUGCUAUUCUUCCAGUAUCGAAUUGCGGCCGAUUGACCGAUGAGACGCACACCAUGAUCGGACCCCUUGCCGCUGCUGAGAUCGGAUUUCUACUGAAGUCUAAGGGUUUGCCCAUCAAGGAGGCUUUCUCCCCCUUCGAAUCCCAGGUGACAUGGGUCGCCCUACAGGUCGACACCGAGAAGCUUCGCGCAAUGGAGACCAACGCAAAGGAUUUUUGCCGAACCAUCGGCGAUGUUGUCUUCAAUGAUAAGGUCGGCUACACAAUCCACCGCCUCGUCAUUGUCGGCGACGACAUCGACGUGUACGACUUUAAGGACGUAAUCUGGGCCUUUUCCACCCGUUGCCGCCCUGGCCUGGAUGAGUACCAUUUCGAGGACGUCCGCGGCUUUCCGUUAAUUCCAUACAUGUCGCACGGCAACGGUAACAUCCGCAUGGGGGGAAAAGUUGUUUCCGAUUGUCUGAUGCCGACUGAGUACACCACUGGCCGUGACUGGGAAGCUGCGAGCUUCCAGGGGUCCUAUCCGACUGAGGUCCAGGAGAAGGUGCUGCAGCGUUGGCAGUCAUUUGGAUUCAAUUCCAACUGA